ACAAUGAACGCCAAAAUAGGCAAGCAGCGUGCCCAACCGGACGAUAUGAUGGCCACUGGUGGUUUGAUGCCGCUUAUUCAGGCGCUCAUUAAGCCACCGGAAACAAUUGAUUCGUUGGGUCGCAGCAGUCAGCAAAAGCGCACCAAUCAUCCGUACUACAGGAAACCGGGCCGGGGACACAACAACGAUACGUGCGAUGCGUGCAAAGAAGGUGGUGCAUUGCUUUGCUGUGAUCGAUGUCCAUCCUCGUUCCAUCUCGGUUGUCACGAUCCACCGUUAGCGGAGGAGGAAAUACCGUAUGGGCAGUGGGUCUGCCAUACGUGCAAAUGUAAAUCCGCGCUUGAAGAAUCGCUUGGCACGAGCGGGAAGUUACGAUUGCGCGACCGUAGCCUGUCGCACAAAAGCUACAACUCGAGCUGUUCCGGUGGUAAGCAUUCGCACGAAAGUGACAAUAAUGACUCACUGGCAGGUUACAGCGAACCAACAACACCGCUGUCGGAGGCUGUUGCCCUCGAUUCGACAGGCUUGCUGGUUGGCGAGCUAGAGCAGUCGGUUGAACCGAGCGUGGAAAAGCAAUGGGACGAGGGUAAAACCAUUACUCCCUUCGACCAGCUAAUACAAGCGGCUCGCAUACUAAAUCCUAAACAGUUUGAGCUUCCAUCGGACAUGGAAACGUACUUCCCAUUUCCGGGCACGGAAAAACCGGAAGGGUUGGGUAAACGGGCGAAAUUGAAAAAGAUGCACGAAUUGGACAGCCAAGGAUUGGUGCCACUGCCUGCGAGAACGUGUCACAAUUGUGGACAGUCUUGCCGGAAAGCGCCACUGGUCGCAUGCGAUUACUGUGAGCUGGUGUUCCAUCAGGACUGUCUCGAUCCGCCACUCACAGCAAUGCCCACCACCAUGUGGAUGUGUCCCAAUCAUGUGGAACAGUAUGUAGACUCUAAAAUGGUCAGCUCCGUAUCGGCAACGGAGCGUAUUCGUCUGUGGAACCAGUUGAACAAUGAUAUCGAUCACGAAACGGUGAAAACGGAAUUCAUUCGUAAAGUGCACCGGAAAAAUCCUCCCUUUCGAUUGAAGCUAAAGGUUCGGCCGCGGACCAAAAUUAUGGUCCCACCGUCGAUCGCGUAUCACUACCAGCAUCGUCCACCGAUGCUUCCUUCGCUUAGCACGUUUCUGCGAUCACGCCAGGUGAAUCCUUCCGUGCACUUCACGGAUGCACAGCAGGUUCGGUACGAUGACGAAACGUUGCUACAAAUUGUGGAACGGGAGCUGCAAGCGUUCGAGCAAGCGGACGAGCGAAUGGGCUAUGAGAAAAUAACUAUCGACAGUGAUGAUGAAAGUAAAGAAGCGAAUGCAGAUACAUCGAUCGAUGCUGCUGACAAAGAGUGCAAUGGCAAGGCCGAAGAAACCAGAACAGAAAAUGAACCUUUAGCCGAGAAUGGACAGAAGAGCGAUGCCGAUGCUAAAGAAGCAAGUUUAGCGAUUGAUUCUAGCCGGCGGAACGCGUUAAACAAAAGCUCAAGCUUAAAAGAUGAAAUUAGUGAGAAAAAUGCAAAUGCACAAAACAAUUUGCAAGUAGAACUGGUGUUGAACGAGUUGGACAAUCUCAAACCAUCGUUAAUAAAACUGUUGGCAGUACAGCGAAUGCAGCAGCUUAUAGCGGAUCAUCCCGAGUUUUUGGUUAGUUCUUCUACCUCUAGUGGUAGCAGUACAGCAAUACAGAAGGAAGCAAUCGAACGGAUGUGUCACGAGGAUGAGGAUCUAAGGAAGAUGCCACUGCCUAGCGAGUUGCUGACAAAAGAUGAUAUUGAGCGAAUAGCGCGUGAAUUCGCUUUAGCCAAUAAUGGUAGCAUGGGGAAGGAUUACAAGCUGGGUAAAGAUGCACUGGCUCAAACUAGACUGGACACGGGGAAAAUGAAAAAACCACUUAUGAAACAGGACGUAUCCGAUGCAACCGUUACUACCUCCUCUGCCAAGAAAGAUGGUCUGAUGGAGCUAACGAAUCGUAUCGUGCAUCAGGCGCAGCAUCUGCAAAUUCGUGUACGAGCUGCACUCACCUGGGUCAACUUGGAUCAGGAGGGAUACUUUUCGUUCGAAAAGGUGGACGCCGCCGACGCGAUUUGUAUGUCGUACCGGUCGUUCACGAUCGGUUCCGGGCCGGGUAACGAUGUAACGCUGGCCAAGUAUGGUGAUUGUUGCUGCACAUCGAGUCGCCAUGCGAUCAUAUUUUACGAUGAGGUCACACAAAUGUUCGAGUUGAUAAACUACUCCGAGUUUGGAACGGAAGUGAACGGACAUUUGUACGCAUGCGAUUUUAGCCAUCAUUCAACGUUACGAUGCAGUAACGAAACCAAGCUGGAUACUGAUGGUAAGAAAGCAAUAACUGACGGACAGGACAGUAGUAAUAGUGGUUCGGGAACGCAAGGGGCCGGUACAAAAGCUGACGCUCGAAAUCAAGUAAAACAGGAUGUGCAGAGUAUACUCGAAAAAUCUCGCAAAACACAGGCACAAUUGCAGCAGGAAAAGUUUUAUGCUUUUACGUGCAUGGCCGAUCGUACCAUACCGCGGUGCAAAUGUUCACCAGAGCGGCGAAUACCGACACGUGCGUGCGGAUGGGAGGGCAGUGCCAUACUGUACCACGGUGCGCUGAUCCGCUUCGGUUGCCACGCGUUCGUAUUUACCAUCGUCGAUUACGAUGAUGGGCAGGAUGAGUUUGAGGACUCGUAUCGAGAUAGCGAUAGCGAUAGUGAUUAA